AUGUCGCUCUCUAUACCCAAGGCCCCUAACGCGGGGCUGUUCAAGCAGGGCUACAACAACUACGAUGCCGAGGACGGUGCCGUCGUGCGCAACAUCGAAGCCUCUCGCGCCAUCUCGCAGACGGUGCAGACGUCGCUGGGCCCCUAUGGCCGCAACAAGAUCGUCAUCAACCACCUGCAGAAGAUGAUCCUCACCUCCGACGCCGCCACCAUACUCCGCGAGCUGGAGGUCGUGCACCCCGCCGCCAAGCUGCUGGUCAUGGCCUCGCAGCAGCAGGAGGCCGAGAUGGGCGACGCCACCAACCUGGUCAUCGUGCUGGCCGGCGAGCUGCUGAAGAAGGCCGAAGAGCUGAUCCGGAUGGGUCUGAAGACGAGCGAUAUCGUGCAGGGCUACGAGAAGGCACAGAACGAGGCAUUGAACGCGCUCGAGCAGCUGGUGGUCGACAAGGUUGAGGACGUGAGGGACCAGGCGCAGCUCAGCAAGGCCAUCCGCACCGUCAUCGCCGCUAAGCAAAACGGCUCCGAGGGUGUCCUAGCCGACAUGGUCGCCGAGGCCGUGCUGGCCGUCCUGCCCAAGAACCCCGCUAACUUCAACGUCGACAACGUCCGUGUGGUUAAGAUCAUGGGUGGCAGCUUGGAGCAAAGCAAGGUGGUCAAGGGCAUGGUUUUCGGCAACGAGCCCGUAGGAAGCGUCAAGAAGGCUACCAAAGCCAAGGUGGCCGUGUUCACGUCUUCCAUCGACAUCAGCCAGACGGAGACCAAGGGCACCGUCCUUCUGCACAAUGCCAAAGAAAUGUUAGACUUCACGAAGGGUGAAGAGUCGCAGGUCGAAACCAUGAUCAAGGAACUUCAUGAUUCGGGGGUUAGGGUGGUUGUUGCAGGCUCCAGCGUCGGCGAGUUGGCCCUGCACUACCUCAACCGCUUCGGGAUCCUCAUCAUCAAGGUCCUCUCCAAGUUCGAGCUCCGCCGCCUGUGCCGCGUUGUCGGCGCCACCCCUCUGGCUCGUUUCGGCGCUCCCAUGCCGGAUGAGAUGGGUACCGUCGAUGUCGUUGAGACCAUCGAGAUUGGCGGUGACCGUGUCACCGUCUUCCGCCAGGAGAACGAGCAGACCCGGACCGCUACUCUGGUGCUCCGUGGCGCCACUCAGAACCACCUCGACGAUCUGGAGCGUGCCGUCGACGACGGUGUCAACGUCGUCAAGGCCAUCACUCGUGACGCACGUCUUGUCCCCGGUGCGGGUGCUACUGAGAUGCAGCUUAUCGAGCGCGUCGCGGCUGUCGGCGAGAAGACCCCUGGUCUGUCGCAAUACUCCAUCAAGAAGUACGCCGAGGCCUUCGAGGUCAUCCCCAGAACUCUCGCCGAGAGUGCCGGUCUCGAUGCUACCGAGGUGCUGUCGCGCCUGUAUACCGCACACGCCGCUUCCAAGGCCACCGACGAUUCCAAGCCCUACUGGACCGCAGGUGUCGACAUCGAGAAUGAGGACAAGACGGGCGUUCUUGACGCGGUCGACGAGGGCAUCCUCGACCUGAUGGUCAGCAAGAGCUGGGCCAUCAAGCUCGCCACCGAGGCCGCCCGCACAAUCUUGGCCGUCGACCAAAUUAUCGUAGCCAGGCAGGCCGGUGGCCCGAAGCCGCCGGGCCCCAACCCCAACUGGGAUGAGGAUUAA